AUGGGUCACGCGCGGAGCGCGAGUUACGGAUACGGCUUUAAACCCACCACUCCGAGCACCAUGCGACCAGUGAUAGAAGAAGAAUGCGAGGGAAUCGAAUCUAAAGAAGAGCCAAGUCCUAAGAAUGCGGAGGUUAACGGAUACUUGGGAGAAAGUUUCAGUCAAUGGAACGCCCGGGAUGGAGGAAGGGAAGGGGAGGAUGGGGAGGUGGCCGAGGAGGCGGCAGCGGAGGAGGAGGGAGAGGAGGAAAAGGAGGAGGAUGGGGAGGAGGAAGAGGAGGAAGAGGACGAGGAAGAGGAGGAGGAAGAGGAGGAAGAGGAGGAGGAGGAGCAGGUGAAAGAGGUGGUUGAAAUGGGGGGUAAAAGUAGCGCGGGAGCGACGCGAUUGGGGUCUGUGGUUGCCAUUGGCGACAGGGGAGAAGGGACGUGGGGCGGCGACGCGGGUGAUGCGGGGGGAGGCUACCUGUGGACAGCAGGGGAUGGGAGGAGAGAAGGGGCUGAAGUUAAUUAUGGAAUUAGUGAUGAGACGAGCGAGGAAAUUGUGAGGGAGAGGGUGGAGGGGACGGAGGAGGAAGCGGGUGAGGAGGAAGGAAGUUCGGUGAUUGAGGGGAGUGGCUCUUGCAGUGGGAGGUCUGAGAGUGCGGAGAGGUCUGAGAGUGCGGAGAGGUCUGAGAGUGCAGGGAGGUCUCAGAGUGAGGAGUCUGAGAGUGACGGGAGGUCACCGAGUGAGAAGGAGUCUGAGAGUGAGGGGAGGCCUCGUACCACCGGCGGUCUGUCGCGUAUGGCGGAAGCGAUUCUGGAGUUCGAGCGGACCGUUAGCGAACAGGAGAAACAGCUCUUAGCGGAGCAAGAGGCAAGAGCAAACAGUGGGUCAGACUUGGACGGUCGGAUUGACUCCGAGGAGGAAAGGAUCAACGGUGUCGCAUCGCCAGAAGAAAUCAUCCCUGCAGCUGCAGCUCCCGCGAAGGCGCAAGCGACUGGAGAUGCGGUUACAGGGUUACCAGCAGCAGUCACAUCGGCAUCAGCAGCAGGUGCUGUCCUGAACUCGCCUGCGUCGGUUCUUCUAGAGCCCCAAGACUCGGUAUCAGGCAGCGAUAGCGCCCGCAGCUUUGUGCUUGAUGAUACGAGCUCGGAUAGCAUGGAAGCAGGAGGGGAGAGGGAGGACGGGGUGGGUGAGACGAGCGAGGGAAAGGAGGCGAGGGUAGGGGAGGGAGGGGAAAUGGAGGAAGAAGAGGAGGUGAGUAGUGAGCGGAGGGAUGAGGAGGGAGUGGAGGAGGAUGGGGGUCGAGGAGGUGGCGCUAAAAGGGUAUGUGGGGAGCGAGAGUGCGAGGGAGCGGUGGAGAGCGGUGGAGAUGGGGAGGGAGUUGUUGCGGAGGAGGGAGAGGACGAGGAAGGAGGUGUUGGGGAACGCGAGGCGUUGAGAGAAGGAGAAGAGGAAGAAGAGGAGGAAGAAGAGGAGGAGGAGGAAGAUGAGGAGGAAGAUGAAGAGGAAGAGGAGGAGGAAGAAGAUGAGGCAGAUGAACAGGAGGAAGAUCACCUAGCUCACGCUAAGAGGGAAAGGGAGCAAGAGGAUAGAAGGGCAGAGGCGGAAAGGCGGAGGGCGGAGGUGGAGGAGAGGAGCAGGCGGAGGGCGCUGCUGCUGCAGGAGGAGGAAGAGGCAGAGCUGCGGAAGCACUUCUUGGGUAAACGAUCCCAUUUUGCUGACACCGCUCGUGCCUUUUCCACUGAUACUACGAAUGGAGUUUCUGUGAUUGUCACUUCUUCUACCAAUGCCGCUGCUGCUGCGGCUGCUGCGGCUGCUGCUGCUGCUGCUGCUGGUGGUGGUGAUUCUGGUGGUGCUGCUACCGCUCGUGCAGAAACUGCGUUGGCUCUUGUUAAGCAGCAGCUGCUGCAGCAAAGGGAGGGUUCAGCAUGGGAGCAGUCAGAGGAGGAGGAGGAGGAGGAGGAGGAGGAGGAGGAGGAGGAGGAGGAGGAGGAGGAGGAGGAGCGGAAGGGGCCCCUUGUCUUCUCUGCCAUGCCUGCUGCUGCCGUUAGCGCCAAACCUGCAAGUGAUUGUGCCAUAGGUACAUUCCAGAAGAGAUCACCUGCGGGCCCAAUCAUCAAGGCUUCCCUCACCUCCCCUGCUGCUGCCGCCGCCGCUGCUGCUGCUGCUGCUGCUGCCGCCGCUGCUGCUGCUAAUUCUGCUGCUCUACCCCCACUGGUACCAUCUCCCGUUCCCUCUUUCGCCUCCUCACUCCUAGCACCGGAUUCCAUCCCCCCUCCCGUCCCUCACCCCACCACCAUCCCACCCCACCUCCCACCCCGACCCACCCCCUCUCCCUCCUCCUUCCCCUCCCCUCACGCCCACCUCAAAGCCACAGACCCUCUCCUCCUCGCCCUCCCGAAUUCCAACGCUCCCCCGCCGCUCCUAGACGGAAUGGGGUCGGCGAUAGCGCUGCAGGGAGGGGGGUUCCUGGCUUCCAUGUCCGGGCAGCACUUUGGGGAGGGGGCCACGCGGCUGGUGAUGCAAUUCUCCCGCCCCAUGGUCAUCCCAUCGGAGUUAGCAUUGGGAGGAGGAUCGGCUGGAGACGCCUCGUCUAAGCUGCUCCCGCUCCCUUCUGGUGCUGCUAUUGGUGGAAACGCUCUUGGCGCCGCCGCUGGCGCUGCUGCUGCUGCUGCUUCUGCUGCUGGUGCUGAUCCCUCCUCCGUGCUCCCACUCUUGCAACGCCUAGCUGCGGCCUCUGCUGCGGAUCCCUCCGCCCCGUCCCUCACAGACCAAGUCCUGGCGCUCAUGCCCCUCCCAGACAUCAGUGGCAAGCCUCUAGAGCAAAUCGCAGCUGACGGAAUGGCUUAUCUCGAAGGAGGGUGGAACUGGGAGGGGGGAGUGGGAGGUUUGGGAGGUUCGGGAGGGUUGGGAGGAGUGGGAGGGUUGGCGGGAGGGGUUAGAGGGAGUUUGGAGGGGCAGGAGCCGGGACAGGCAGGAGGGUAUCUGCAAGGGAACCAGGGAGGCUAUCUGGAGGGACACCUGGGAGGAUGCCUGGAGGGCGGUUCAGGUGGUUCUUCAGGUGCUAUCAUCAGCCGUGGCAGCUCCUCCGCAGUCUCAGUCUCCCACUCUUCCUCUGCCCUCUCCUCCUCUGCGGCCUCUGCUCUGGCUGUGAGGCGGGCACAGGCAGCAGCAGCGUUGGCUCGCCUGCGGCGCCGGGGGCAGCACCUACUGAGCAACGGAGGAGGAGGUGGAGGGGGAGGAGGAGGGAAAAAGGAUCAACCUCUAGGGAAGUCUGAUGAUGUGGAGGAGGAGGAGGAGAUGGAUAGGGAGCUUAGACAGGCGCUUGCGCUGAUGGGCAAGAGCGGAGGGAACAUGGUUCUAGCUGGUAGGGGUGAUGCCACAGGUAGGGCUCUAGCUACGGGGAUGGGUGCAGCAGGGAACAAUAUGGUUCCUGGUAAGGCUGGGAUGGGAACUGGAACCCUGGCUGGUGCUUUUGAGGGAGUGGGAGUGGGAGAGGGAGAGGAGGAUGAGUAUGUGGGUUUGGGGGAACUGGGGGCGUUGGCUGUGGAGCAGAUUGAAGCUUUGCUGGUGGAGGGGUUGAGAGUGCAGAACGAUCAGAGCGAGUUGCAGGCGCCAGGGGCUAUUACUCUGGGGGAUUCCGGGCAGUUGGGGUACUGUGCGGGUUACCCUGCGGGUUACGUGACUGGCGGGUCGAGGGGUGUUCUGGGCGGUGCUGGUUACCAGGAUAAUGAUAACCAGAUUGCUGGUAACCAGACUGGUGGUUACAACGGGGGACGUGGGCAUGGGGGGUUGCUUGGGGCGGCGCUGACAGUGGAGGAGUGGCAGCAGCUGGAUGCAGGGGUGUGGGAUGCGGUGGAGUCCGAUAGAGAUGCUCUGGAGGUGCUGCGAGCACACUGCAAGGCUCAUGGGAUUGCAGGGCUGCUGGAGGGGAGCGAGGGGGACGAGGGGAAGCAGAAGGUGCUGCGCGGUGCAGAUGGGUUUGGAGGCCAGUUGGUGCCUGCAGGGGGUGUGGAGGCAGGGUGUUUGACCGUAGGAGGCUGGGAGGGUGAGUCUAGGCAGAUGGUGGGAGGCUUUGGAAGGGGAAUGGGGUUGACAGCAGGCCAAGGGAACACUGUAUCAGGGGGUCUGGUGGGUAACAGUGUCACAGGGGGUGUGGGUGGUAACCCUGUAACAGGGGGUAUGUUAGGUGACAGUGUGACGGUAGCCAUGCUGGUCCAGCUGAGAGACCCCCUGCGGAACUUUGAGCCGGUGGGAGCACCGAUGAUGGCGCUGCUACAAGCAGAGAGAGCACCGGCACCACCUGCUGCUGCUGCUGCUGCUGGUAUUGCUGGUCGUGUUGCUGGUCGUGUUGCUGCUGGUUUGGGUGGUUCUACCGCAGCUGCUCUUGGCAGCACAGCCCAAGCGUGUAUUGGAAGCCACCAGAGUCAGGGCCUAUUGGAAGGCUGCCAUGCUGCUACCAACAAUACCAGGGCCCAGCUUUCCAUCGAGUAUUCUGCGGUUGAUGCAGCCAGCCCAGCACAGACAGCGCUACAGCCGUGGCAUGCCACCAGCCCAGCACAGACGGCGCUACAGCCGUGGCAUGCCACCAGCCCAGCACAGACAGCGCUACAGCCGUGGCAUGCCACCAGCCCAGCACAGACGGCGCUACAGCCGUGGCAUGCCACCAGCUCAGCACAGGCGGCGCUACAGCCGUGGAUUGACGCCACAGGCACAGGCCGCCGCAGCCAAAUUACCUCCGCUGCUCCCUCUCAUCCAUCUGCUGCCCCACCCCCAACAUUCCCCCCCACUGCCCCGCCCCGAUUCAAGCUCAAAGCAGUGCAUGUCGCAGGGCUAAAAGCAGAAGAGGCACCAGGGAGGGGGUGGGGGUCGCAGAAGCAAGCACAGUCUGGGGGGAGGUGGCUGGCGGCAAACGGCAUGGGGAAGAAGCAACAGGGGAAGAGCGGUGGUGGGAGUGGGGUGUUUGGGAGGCAUGCGAAGCCGGCUAAGGUGACGGUUCAGCCUGGGGAUACCCUGUGGAGUCUUUCCCAGAAGGUUCAUGGGAGUGGGAUGAAGUGGACGGAAGUGGUGAAGCUGAACCCGCAGAUUCGGAACCCGGACCUGAUCCUGCCGAGCCAGAAGAUUCGGAUGCGGAGGUGA